UGGACGCUCCAAUCGAUACGACCAAACCACGCUUUACAGCCAACCAGAUCCAAUCACCAACAUGCCCCCCAAGAAGACUUCCAGCGCCGGCGGCAAGAAGAAGGUCUCUCCUUACAACCUGUACAUGAAGGAGCAGCUGGCCAAGCUCAAGACGAGCCACCCCAACCUCAGCCACAAGGAGCGCUUCCAGCAGGUCGCCAAGGACUGGGCUAAGUCUCCCGCCAACCCCAAGAACAAGAAGUGAACGGAGCGCGAUUAACGCGUCAAGCUGGCCGAUGCCUCCCACCAUCGCGUCCAUGCUAUCCACCGUCUCGUCUCGACCCUUGUCCCGAAGCUAUCUUGUUCCUUCCCCCCGCGCUUCCUGCCGACGCUUUUGUCCCUGUCUCUCCCCAAUGAUGUAGCGAACGCGACCUCAAAUUAGCCAAAGGGAUCGAUCCUCGCGAUCACACUCGCUACUCGCAGCGUGCCCCUCGCUGGCCCUUCCUG